UGGAUCAUAAGACCCCGCAAAACCCUAGUAAACGAAAGCGUCCACAAAUAUAUAUCCUCCUACCAUAAGAGGCCGCCGAAGCGUUUGGCAGCACAAGAAGGGGAAGCUCAGAUCGAGACGGCGGCUUAGGGUUUCACUUCCCUGAAGACAAAUCAGCAACCAUGACUUUCAAGAGAAGAAAUGGCGGCCGGAACAAGCACGGCCGCGGCCACGUGAAGUUCAUCCGCUGCUCCAACUGCGGGAAAUGCUGCCCCAAGGACAAGCUAUCAAGAGGUUUCUGGUGAGGAACAUUGUUGAGCAGGCUGCAGUUAGGGAUGUUCAGGAGGCUUGUGUUUACGAUGGUUACACUCUUCCUAAGCUGUAUGCUAAGAUGCAAUACUGCGUUUCUUGUGCCAUCCACUCCCACGUUGUGAGGGUUCGGUCUCGCGAGAACAGGAGGAACCGUGAGCCCCCUCAGCGUUUCAGGCGCCGGGAGGAUACACCUAGGCCUGGUGCACCUGGUGCUCCUGGUCAGGGUCCACGCCCUGUUGGAGCUGGAGCGCCAGCUGCUCGUCCAUGAAAAGGCAACGCAUCCGCCUGCUCAAUUGCUUUGAGGAUGUGCAUUGAGGCUUUUAAUUUUGGCUGCUACCUCAGCUUUAUUUCCAUUUUAUCUUUGAAUGCAUCUUUGACUCCGUUGUGACUUAUGUGUAAUAUCAUAGUACUUCAGUCUUAUAUGUUGUACUUAUCAUGUUGCGGGAAGGUAUUUGCGAAAGCAGCCGGAGAUUCAAAACCAGAGUUUUUACAUAUUCAUAUUCGUAUUAACUUUCA